UGGUAAUAUGUUGCACCCAGCCAGCGUCAACCUCGAUAAUACGGUUACGUUGCAGAGCACUCGCAGAUCGGGAGAUAACCACACCUGAUGGGCAUCAAAAAAUCCGCGCAUACAUUUUUAAUCCCAGAUAAUCACUUAAGGUAGGCUAUAGAAUACACUUUUGAUGCAACGUCUAGGGUCAAGAUCGGUCUAUCGCUGGUCACCUGGUGCACACGUUUUUCAAUAUCUGCAGCUUGCCCGCGUUUAUUCUUCCUUGGCUCCGCCUCGUCCAGAUCGUUCAGCAGCCUCGAUGCUAGCUUUGUCGGUCUUCGUCUCGCCCUGGCCCAUGCCCAUCAUGCCACCCGAAGCUUUCCAUGGUCGUUUGAGCUCACCAACGGCCGGUUUACCAAGAAUGUAGACCUUGAACAAGUUGCUCUCAAAAGCACUUUUGACGGGGAUGAUGGACUGGAUAAGCAGAGGAUUCGUGUACUUGAGGCGGCAGACACCUGGCCCUGGUCGUACUCUUGAAUGGUCGUGGUGACAAGUUUCGGUUCUUCACCCGAGCCCAUGGGCGCAGGCUCCACGUACUUGAGGGUUGUCAAAUCUGCAUUACUUUACCAAAGAUGAUCAGGUUCGAAGCGACGUAGAGAAUGCGCACUCCCAGCAGAACUUGGGGGUCGUCGAAGGGGACUCUUUUAGAGACUUGCAUCAUCCCGAGGAUGAUCACCAAGUUGGUGCUGAGAACAGUCAGUUACGAGAGCGCCACGGUGGGAAAGAAAAGAACUGUACAUUUGGGGGCUGAAGGCGUUCAUAGUGGCUACAAUAAUGGAGAGGGUAGGCUUAAGCAGCAGGCAGGGUGGGAUGCGAUGUUCAACGACGCUGGCAGGAACGCGAAUGUAUACAAAGAAAGAAAAAGGUCCCUCAAGCAUAUGAGUAUUCUUCACUGAUGCGAAAUGGACAGAUCGCAGGCGCAGAGAAUUGUCCCAGGCACCGAGGUGCUGCCAAGUGAUCUCCAGUCAUGUGACAAGCCGUCUUGGCAACCCGGCUAAAAUGACGAGAGAGAAUACAGUUUGUACGUGGCGGGCGGCGUUGAUUUCCAUCCUCUGUCACUGGUGUACUCCGUACUGUAUGUAUGAAAGGGACUAUGACUUGGCCCUGCCAACUCCACGGUGUGGAGCAUUACUGCAAUUCACCAUGAACUACUCCUUCUCAACGUCGUCGCCUGGGUCUGUCCAAUCUAAUCAAGUUCGGCGGAGGAGAGCGUGUGAUCGUUGCCACAGUGUCAAAGAAAAGUGCCGGUGGCCCGCAGACGGGACGCAGGUGUGUGACAGAUGCUCUCGUUUGCAGUACAAGUGUCGAACAGAUCGUCCGUUGCAUCAUCCGGGCAGGAAGCCGAGAUUGGCGGCUGGAAAUCGUCUAUCACUAGAACGAACUGAAGAUGGACCCUCCCAACCCAUUAAGAAAGAACAUGUGAACGCCUCAGACCCCGGCGAGAAGGGGCCCACGGCUGCAGCUGCCCCAGAAUCGACAUCCUCACCGGCUAAUGUCGUUGCUGUCUCGCGCCAAUCCAAUCAACAAGGUUUAUAUCAGAGUAUCAGCCUUUUCCCGGAACUGAACGGCCUAGAACGACGCCUUCUAGAGAGUAUGCUGCAUAAACAAAUUGAAGUGGACCGAUACGUUCUUGGCCCUAGCUUUCGGGAAAGGCAUCAGCAAGCAUUCGUUGAUCACCUGCAGACUGACAUGACCCUUGUCAAGGAUGCCUUUAUCGCGUGUACGUCCCUAAUGGUCGGAAAUUCACAAAUCCGACAGCUCGCCCAGGAUCAGCAUGUCGGUCACAAACGAGCCGCCAAUGCGCUGGCCUCUCUUCGCCGUCUGGAAGUCAGUGGUUCUCACAAUUCGUCGACAGUGCUGAUGCUAGGCGUGGCGAUUGUAACCUUUGCCUCGCAUCACUCUGGAGGCGAGUUACCACUUUGUCGCCAUAUUCUUGAUCUCAUCAAACGCUUCCACGACAAUGAGCCAGCUUUUAUACAACAACUGGGCUCCGAUGGAAUAUCGGCGCUUAAUUGCCUCAUCGCGACCGAGACGUUUAUAUGCCUGCUUCGAGGCCAGCUGCCUUCGGUCAGAAUUCGACAAGGGGACCUUGACGGGCUAGUGGAUCGCUUCAUUGGAGUGUCGGCGCCCCUUCUCACCCACUUGUACGAUAUUUGUGAGUUGACCCAAGUGAUGCGCCAUUACCGCAGGGGACCAAGCAAAAUUCCUCUACGUGCGCGCCUCCGCAAAAGGAUCGAGACUGUCGAACAAAGCCUACAAACCUGGCAACCGACGAGCACCGCGACUCUUCGUGAAGGACACUUUACGCCAACAGAGAGAACGCUGAUGAACACACAAGCGAAUACUCUGCGCUUGACGGCUUUGACUGUGCUCCACCGGCUGCAACACGCCUUUGGCACCGAUGACGGAAAGGCUAUUGCCAUGUCGAGAGAAGUCCUGGGAGAACUUCAUACAAUGGUCCAGCUCACAGGGCGAUCGGCACCAUGCGCUGACUUCGCCUAUCUGGUUGCAUGCUUCGAGAUCGUCAACCCCCUGGAAAGGGGCACGGCGUUGUCUAAAUUGCACCUCGUUGCCGAUUUCUCGCCCCGGACCGCCGACGAACUAAAGACCUGGCUUCUCUUAUUUUGGACUGCUAGAGACAACAGUGGAGUCGGCCCCAUCUACUGGGACGACAUGGAGUUUCAGCUUUUCGGGACCGCGAGUCGUACGUGAGAAGACCCCGGAAUGAUGACACCACAAUUAUUAUAUCGCUGCCCUUACAGGGUCCGGGACCAGGGAUAUGCUAUGAACUAUCGUUAACACACACAGCGGCGGAGUUUUUUUGGUUUGAAUUUUUUAUGCAUGUCGAAAUGUGUGACGGCAUUUACGCUAUGCUAACGACUUGAUGCCUUUCUUUUUUUCACUCUCUUUAUCAACAUAAUAUAGGCAAGGACGUACCAUAUUUUAUAUGUAUAGUUGUGGCGAGCAGUUGCUUGAGCAGCCUGCAUAACGUCGCCUCGAUGUAUCUAGGAGCCACAAUACUUUGGCAAGAGCAACUAUAGAGCCAACUCUAUACCAUUCACUGGGCUCGAUGCGUUGGCUGUCGAGACGCCAAUUUCUUAUAUAACUUCGCGGUGGCGAUUCUAGCUUUCUUACCCC